CCUCUUCCUGCGGCGGGCGGCCGCGAUGCCGCUGGAGCCCCUGGUCUGUGCCCACACCACGGCGCGGGUGAGCUCGGUGCUGAACCGGGACGCGAAGCAGUUCGGGAAGCAGCACAUGUUCGACGCCAGCGAGGAGACCUGCUGGAACUCGGACCAGGGCACGUGCCAGUGGGUCACCCUGGACUUCCCCCGCCCCGUCAAGGUCUCGCAGCUCCACGUCCAGUUCCAGGGGGGAUUCUCCAGCCGGCUGUGCACGCUGGAGGGCUGCAGGGCAGGUGAAGAGCUGGUGAAAAUAUCCGAGCUGUACCCCCAGGACAGCCAUGCCAUGCAAAGAUUCCAGGUGGAGGAGACGGUGCUGGACAAGCUGAAGAUCACCUUUGAGAACAGCACGGACUUCUUUGGGAGGAUCGUGGUGUAUCACCUGGGGGUGCUGGGGGAGAGGCUGUAGGAUACUGGGGGUGGGAGGGGGUGGCUGCCCCCACCCCUGGGGGGCUCUUAAAACCUGCCCCAGCUGCCCCCCCGAGGCGCUGAGAGGAACCCCCAUCCCUCGGGGUGGCAGUGACAGAGGGGACACUGCGAAGGGAUCCCCCCUUGGAGGGACUCAGGGGUGUAACCAGAUGAAUAAAAGGGUGUCCCUGCUC